UAUUGUCCAUUAAUUCUUCUUCUUCUUAUUAUUAUAUAUAUCUAAACAUUAGUUGACAUUUUUCAUCAAAACCUCUUCACAAAAAUAUCUUACUUCUCAUUAACCACUUGUUGUAAUGGAUGAGCUUGCAUUCUUAAUGGAUUGGGAUUUGGAAGCGAUCAAUGAAACUCCAACAACCAACACCAACACUUAUUUUUCUCAAUUAUUCUCUGAGUUGCAACAUGAUGAGUUGUUAUUUGCCAAUUUUCCUGAAUUUUCAGAAACCGCUAAUGUUCUUAUUGAUGAAUUUCAAGAACUUUGCAAACCUUUCUACCCUCUUUCAUCUCAAACAGUUGUUACAAACUCUAUGAUUCUCCCUAAAGAGCUUGAAGAAGUCAAAGAAAUUAAAGUUUCAGAUCAGAAAUUAGCUUCUCAAGAUCUGCAAGUUUCUGCAGUUUCUAAAUGUAAAAAAAGCAAGAAAAGCAAGAGCAAGAGUAUAGUGAAGAAAGUAACAGCAGUGGAUGGCACUCUUUGUGAUGCAUGGGCAUGGAGAAAAUACGGACAAAAACCGAUAAAGGGUUCACCUUAUCCACGAAGCUACUACAGAUGCAGCAGUUCCAAAGGAUGUCUUGCAAAGAAACAGGUUGAGAAGAAUCAUUUAGAUCCAAGAGUUUAUUUGGUUACAUACACUGCAGAACACAAUCAUGCUCAACCAACUAGAAGAAAUUCAUUAGCAGGAAGCACUAGGAAGAACAAUCUGUUAGCUACAAAUUCUUCAACAGCACGUUUGGAGAAAAUUCAAGAUGAGGUAACUGUGAUGACAAGUGUGCAGAUGAUGGUGAAAGAUGAGGAAGAUCAUCAUCUUCUUGAAUGGUUGGAGGGUGCUCAAUUAUGUGAUGAUGGUUGGAUUCCAAAUAAAGAGUUAGAUGAAUAUUUCAUUGGACUAGAUAAGUGCCAAUAACAUGCAUAGAUAUAAUAAAGUUAUAUAUAUAGCUGCAGUUUCUGUGAUGGUUUUGAUGAAACUUUGUUCCUUAAACUAUACUGUGUUUGGAUUAAGAGAAAAUGAUGAGAUAUUAUUAGAUUUUGAUGUUUUGUAUAUAUAUAAGUUUGGAAUAACAUUUGAAUGUUAUGGAA